UGGGAAAAGCAACCAGGAACAGCAGACAGAGCAGGUAAGGGUUGUGUAGACAGGGGCAUUAAGUUGGUACCUAGGGUAGGAUUAUAUGGCAUGGUGUAAUUGCCUCCAUCUUGACUGUGGGGGGUCAGAAAAUGCUGUGGCUUUGUCAGAUGUGAAGGUUUAUACAUUGUCCCCCACAACAGGCUCUUGGACCCCCAGUGAGGGGACCCCAGGACUUUGCAGAACCUUUGGGAACAAACGUCAUCCUGCGGAGCGCAGAGGGGCCGAUAGGUGGCGCUGUGCCGGAAGUCCCGCGCGGACAGCAGAGGCGGAUGUGGCGCCGGAGCUGCGUGCAUCUGUACGGAGCCCUCGCGCGUGGCCCGUUCCCUCGGUCUCUCUGGUGGAGCGCUGCUAAGCUCCCGUGUCGGUCUCUUCCCCGCAGGAGAGAGACACCCUGCUUUUCUGGGUGGCUUUGGGCGAACCCGUGCCUCUCUGCGCAUGCGUCUUCCUACCGGUAGCGUUUUCCGCCGGAGCGAGCGCAUUCUGGAGGGGGCGGGCCCGGGGCUGCGUGCAUCUGUACGGAGCCCUUGCGCGUGGCCCCGUUCCCUCAGUCUCUCCGGUGGAGCGCUGCUAAGCUCCCGUAUCGGUCUCUUUCCCGCAGAACAGAGACACUCUGCUUUUAUGGGUGGUUUUGCGAGAACUCCGUGCCUCUCUGCGCAUGCGUCUUCCCACCGGUAGCGUUUUCAGCCGGAGCGAGCGCAUUCUGGAGGGGGCGGGCUCGGGGCUGCGUGCCUCGAACCCAGCGGCUGGGCGAUCGAGGCAGGAGGAUUGUGCACUGGAGACGUGUCUGUGGCACGCGGGUGGAGGACUGAGCCCGGGUCCCCCUUGCGUGACCACUCGCCUCCACGGCUGUGAAAGGGCGGCGGGAUGGAAAGGUUCCUGGUGAAGCCGGACCUGGACGACCUCAGAGCGGGAGGGGAGGAGCCAGCCCCAUUGGGAGGAGCCUCGGGUGGCCAGCCGAGCCCCAACUGGCAGCACCUUCGCGCUCAAGGUCUAAAUUGUGAUUACACUGUCCUGUUUGGCAAAGCCGAGGCAGAUGAAAUCUUCCGAGAGUUGGAGCAAGAAGUGGAGUAUUUUACCGGUGCACUGGCCAAGGUCCAGGUGUUUGGGAAGUGGCAUAGCGUUCCCAGGAAGCAGGCGACCUAUGGAGAUGCUGGACUGACAUACACGUUUUCUGGUCUUACACUGACACCAAAGCCCUGGAUUCCAGUUCUGGAGCGUGUUCGCGAUCGAGUCUGCAAGGUCACAGGGCAGAGCUUCAACUUUGUGCUCAUUAACAGGUACAAAGAUGGUUGCGACCACAUCGGAGAGCACAGAGACGAUGAGAGAGAACUGGCCCCUGGGAGUCCCAUCGCAUCUGUCUCCUUUGGGGCCUGCAGAGACUUCCUCUUCCGGCACAAAGACUCCCGAGGGAAGAGGCCCCGACGGACAGUGGAGGUAGUCAGGCUGCAGCUGGCCCACGGAAGCCUACUGAUGAUGAACCACCCCACCAACACGCAUUGGUACCACAGUCUCCCCAUCCGCAAGAAGGUCCUGGCUCCUCGGGUCAACUUGACUUUUCGGAAAAUAUUACCUACUAAGAAAUAAAAUGUUUAUUAUUUUUA